AUGGAGGCAGCACUCAUGGUGUCUGUCUCUCUGCUUGGACUGGCUCUUGUCCUGCUCUCCUUCCCUGAGCGUGCUUCACUGAGUAGAGUGUUUGACAACACCUCAGGAUCUGUGUAUCCAGGAUCUGUCUUUGUGAAGGAGGCUCUUCAGAGGGCCAUCGAGCUGACUGAUGCUGCUUACGCCCGCACAAGUGAAAGGGUGAAGAAGUCUCUGUCUGAAGGCGCUCUGAGACCCAGUGACCUGCUGGCCCAGUUCAAACAGACUGAAGCCAGAACCAGGACUCAGAUCCGAGCGGCCGAGCUGUUGGACAACACGGUGGAGCUGAUCAGAGAGAUGGUGUACACCCACACCAUGGUGCAGCCCGACCCAAAGGAGCUUCUGAGUGACAUGGACAUGGAGGAGCUGCUGCUGGUGACCGGCUGCUCCACUGAGCUGCAGAGACCCAGCUGUGAGUCCAACUGUCUGUCCGAGCGCUACAGGUCCGUCACGGGAGAGUGCAACAACAGACAGAAUCCCAGAUGGGGGGCUGCAAACAUCCCAUAUUCCCGCUGGCUGCCUGCAGAGUAUGAGGAUGUGUGGGGGGUGCCCAGAGGCUGGGACCCUCAGCACACCUACAAUAACGCCACUCUGCCUCCAGUGCGGAGGGUGUCUCAGGAGGUUCUGUUCACUCACAACGACAACAUCUCUCUGGACUCUGCCCUGUCCCACCUGCUGGUGGAGUGGGGUCAGUGGAUCGACCACGACGUGGUGCUGACCCCUCAAAGCCCCAGCACUGCCGCCUUCAGGACCGGAGCGGACUGCACACGCACCUGCAGCCGGGACGCACCCUGCUUCCCCAUACAGAUCCCUCUGUCAGACCCUCGCAACGGGGUCCAGAGUUGCAUGCCCUUCUUCCGCUCUGCUCCCAGCUGUGUCCCGUCUUACCGCCACCGAGAGCAGCUCAACGCCAUCACCUCCUUCGUGGACGCCAGCAUGGUGUACGGCAGCUCCAGCAGCCUAGCCUCGGCCCUGAGGAACAGCUCCUGUCGUCUGGGCUCCAUGACCCUCAACUCCCAGCACUCAGACCAGGACCUGGCCUACAUGCCUUUCCUGCCGCGCCUGCAGGCUCAUCUGGACCCCUGCGGCCCCCGAAACUCCUCCAGCUCUCGGGCAUCGGACAGAUCCAGCCACCAGGGGAACACCACAUCCUGCUUUCAAGCUGGUGAUUCCAGAGCGAAUGAGCACCUGGGUAUGAUCGCUCUGCACACACUCUUUCUGAGAGAGCACAACCGGCUGGUCAGAGAGCUGUACCUGCUCAACCCUCACUGGAGCCCGGACACACUCUACCAGGAGGCCCGCAAGAUCAUGGGAGCCAUCCAACAGAUCCUCACAUGGGAGCACUAUCUCCCGCGGGUCCUCGGUGAGAGCACCAUGUCUCGCCUGAUGCCUCCCUACGAGGGUUACGACCCCGAGGUGGAUCCCAGCAUCGCUAACGCCUUCGCUGCUGCCGCUUUCCGUUUUGCCCACGUCACCGUGCAUCCAGUGGUGACCAGGCUGGGUCCGGGAUACACCCCUAACUCCAAGCAUCCUCCGCUGCCACUGCAUCAUUCACUGUUUGCCUCUUGGAGAGUCGUGCAGGAAGGUGGUAUAGACCCUGUGCUGCGUGGUCUGUUGCUGUCUCCGGCCAAGCUGCAGACCCCCGGGCAGAUGAUGGUGGAGGAGCUGACGGAGAGACUGUUUCAGGCUCAGGGGGGGAUGCCUCUGGACCUCGGGGCCCUUAACCUGCAGAGGGGCCGGGAUCACGGCCUGCCUGGAUACGGCUCGUGGAGGAAGUCCUGCAGCCUCUCUGUUCCCAACACCACAUCAGACCUGGCAGAACUCCUGGGAAACUUCACGUUGGCUCACAAACUGCAGCUCCUGUAUGGAACGCCGCAGAACAUUGAUAUGUGGGUGGGGGCGAUCUCUGAGCCCGCUCUGCCCGGAGGAAGAGUCGGACCGCUGCUGUCCUGCCUGCUGGCGAGACAGUUCAGAGCGCUGAGGGACGGGGACAGGUUCUGGUGGGAGGUGGAGGGAGUGUUCAGCAGCUCCCAGAGGAGACACCUCCACGCCGUCUCUCUGUCCCGCAUCAUAUGUGACAACAGCCGCAUCAAUCACGUCCCCGUUGACCCCUUCUCACGCACCGAGAGGCCAGAGGACAUGCUGCCCUGUUCUCACCCGCUCAUCACCCACCUCGACCUCAGCCCGUGGAAAGAACCAGACACAGAUCCAAGCUGUGGUCCCAUACCCAGGAUUCAGUCUGGCUACUCUCUUCUCUGUGGCUCUGUGAUUCUGUUUCAGUGUCACUCUGGCUUCAAGCUGCUGGGAUCUUCAUCCAUCAGCUGUGACCCAAACAGCCAGCAGUGGAGCCCCACACCCCCAACAUGUCAAGAUAUGAACGAAUGUGAAGAGCAAACUUCUGUCUGCCCACAACACUUGGAGUGUCUCAACACGCCAGGCUCCUUUAUCUGCUCAGACCCUUCCUCGCUGUCGGUCGUCUCUGUCGUCGCUGCAGUGAUAGUGGUGAUCGGUAGUGUGGCCGCACUGAUAGUCAUCAUGAUCUUUUAUCAAAGGAAUGUCAGCUCCAAAAACCGAUUUUCCUACCCCAAAGCCCCUCUGAGCAGCUCCCUGUGCCUGAAUCCUGCUUACAAAUCUGUUGAAUAA